UGCAAUAUCUAUGUGUAAAUAGAGAGAUAAAAAUUAAUCUUCUUCUCAGAUAUUACUUUUAAAAUGUUCUAUCAAGUUAUAAUUAGCAAUCGUUUAGAUUCAUAAAGGCAAAUUAGACUCGAUGAUCACCCAUUGGCAGUCUAGAAUUACAAAAGAAUACAACCACCAGCGGCUCGUGUUUUCUCUGGAGUAGUCCGAUGGCAAAUAUUCAUUCUUACAUGUGUAUGAAAGCCUUGACCCAGGGGUUAAAAUUGCUGAACCAGUUACAGACAAGAUGUGUGUGGACAUUAUCCAAAGGUUGUAAUAUCCAUCAUAAACCAAUUUAUUCCUUAUCAACAUCAAGAAACCAUAGCACAGAAGAAACCCCAGGUUUACCCCAAAGUCAAAGCUCGGAUUUUGAAGACAAAAGUCCUUCAGGUACCAGACCACUGUUUCACAAGUUACACAAUCGUACAUUAACAGCUGAUGAAGAAGAAAAUAAUAGAGAAUUUAGAAAUGUGAAAUUAUAUUCUAACGACGAUGAAUUCGGCUCUGGCAACAGACAAACUUUCGAUAAUAAAAUAUUACAUCGACGAUUUCGAAAUCAAAUUCAAAGAGAAAUAGGCCUAGAACAUGAGCAUAAAAAUUCUAUCGAAUUGGAUAAUGAUGGAGAUGAAUUUGGAAAUCAUCGCCAAACCCAUGAUCGACAAUUAAAAAAGAACAAAAGAGAACAUUACUAUGAUUCUAAUUAUCAACGUCAUAAUAAAGAUGAUAAAGGAAUUAGGAAUUUUACAACGCCACAAAACAACAUGAGAUUCGGCAAUAGAUUUCGAGGAAUCAAUGAAGAUGGUGACAAUAUUCAAGACAUCAACUUGGACAGUUUUAAUGAAACAAAUAUUCAUGAACAAUUUAACAAAUUUACCAAUCAAAAGGACAGCAUAAAUUUGAAAAAUAAAUUUGGGACACUCAAUGAAGAAAAUGAAGAGAUUGAGUUGAACAGUGUGGAUGAAUUUGAAGAAUUAAGAAAUGAUAAGCCACAUGUGCGUCUGUCAUCUGACGACAGACGAAACGUUCCCUAUUGGUACGGUCGACAAAUUGAAAAGCUUGGAAAACAGGGGAAAAUCGAUGAGGCGAUUGCUGUUCUGGAGGAUUGGAUGUUGAAACGAGAUCGUGUCAAACCUACGAACUACAACUUUUCUGUUUUAAUGGGAGUUUUGGCAAGAAAUGGAGAAACGAAAAAAGCUUUUAAAGUUUUUAAUAAAAUGAAGAAAAUGGGUCUGGUACCAGAUGCCGUCACCUAUACAGCUUUAUUCAACGCUUGUGCAAAUUCACCGUCGAAACAAGAUGGCUUACAACGAGCUAAAAAUUUACAUGAACUGAUGAAGGAGAGUGAUUGGCACCCUAAUUUAAUAACGGGGCGAGCGAUGAUAAAGGCCUAUGGGUUUUGUGGUGAUUUGCCGGCAGCCUUUGCAGUAAUGGAUGAAAUAGCGGAACGUUAUCCUUUAGACCAGAGAUGUAUCAGUUCUUUGUUAAUGGCUUGCAUCUCUGAGAAAGAAAAUGGCGUGAAGUUGGCGUCGGAGGUUUGGCAGAUGAUGAUUCAACAUGGAGUCCAGCCUGAUCUACCAAUUUAUAAUCUUUUACUACGAGUUAUCCGAGAUUGUGGUGUUGGACACGAUUUUACUCAAAUAGAAGCAGGGAGUAUGAAAGAUUAUCCACACAUCACAGAAACCGGUACCUCGUGGAAUCUAGUGAGUACUGUAGAAGACAGUCAAACUUUCCAAAACACAUCAGAGAAUUCUACAUCCAUGAAAAAUAAAGAAGAAUCAGAUAAGGAAACAGUAAGAAAUAUGUCGGAGAAUUCAUUGAGAACUUUGCCGACGAAUUUUAUGGUUCAUCGUGUUGAUUUUAAUCUAUUAUCCAACGUUGAUUUCAGUGAGAGGGCAAAUCGCAUGGCAUUGAUUGGAGGAAGAGAGAAUUUCUUGGAUCAUAUGGUAAAUAGUGGCGCUAAACCGGAUAUAAAAACAUUUGCGUUGUUGUUAGACAACACGUUUCAGACACUGGAAGAAGAAGAUCGCUUGUUGAUGAUUAUGGAAAAUUAUGGCGUUCAUCCUGAUCAAGAAUUUUACAACACCUUAAUGAGAAAAAGAUGUCUGAGGAAAGAUUUUGACGGAGCCAAGAUCAUGUUACGAAAAAUGACCAGUCACAAUUUACAACCAAAUAUGGAAACAUUUGAAAUUAUAGCUAUAACGUGUCGGAAACAGGCAGAUGGGUUGCAGUUGUUAAAAACAAUUGAAGAUAUCGGGGGUCAGCCGAGUCGAAAAAUAUUCACAUCUUUGAUGCGAUGUAGUGGAGUUAAUUUCUAUUAUAAACUCGAUCUUAUUAACAGGAUGGAGAAUUUAAACCUACAGCCGGACAGUCAUUUAUUACAACAUAUCGAAAGGGAUGUGAAAAGAGGUAAAAAUCUGAUAGUGGAAAUGGAAUCUGGUCGAAGAGAGAAACAGAGUUUGUCGUUUUUAACUGGGGGCAUCAAUAAGUUUAUUGUUUAUUAUACUUCAUGGCUAAAAAGAUGUCAAGUUUCGGGAUUUGAUGAAGUCUAGAACUAAAUAUGGGCUUAUAUUGCCAAGAGACUUGUAACAUUAUUGUCUUUAGGAAACAAAGUUGGUGGGGGGGGGGGUGACGGCAGCAACACUCCCUUAAAGAGUAGCAGUGCUUGGUUAAGAGAAAUAAAAAGGUGGGGUUUAACGUCCACUCGACACAAAAUAGGUCAUUUCGGGACUUUUAACAUAUGAUUUAAUUUUAUUUCAAUAAUUCGCUUGCGCGUAGGGGUCUUUAGCAGUGGGUUGAUAAUGGAGUACCCGGAGAAAACCCACGAGGUCACGUACAACCAAGGAAUCAAAACCAUGCCAGUUGACUCAAUGACAGACCUUAUGAUACGACGUGCGGGUUCAAUCCAUUCAGCCAUCCCACCCCCUAGCUGGUUAAGCCAGUAGAUCUGUAGCUGCUCGAUCAAAGGAUGGCGCCAGUGAAAAGAGCAGACAUUAAUAGAUAUUUAAAGAUCUCUGCACAACAACAGUAGACAAACAGACUUGGGUUGAAAUGAGAGGGGGUUUAUUCAUCCUUCAUAACAUCUCAGGUUAAAAGACUCUUUAUUAAAACAUUUUUAAUUAUCUAUUAUUGUAUUUAUCUGUUGGUCAUAUUUAUAACAAAUACUUUUUCAUAUUUAUCCUGUAAGUUUGUUAUAUUAGGGGGGGAUGGGGUCUAUUCAAGAUUAAAAUGUAAGUAGAGACAUAUUGCCCGCCUACCUGGCUACACUCCUGCCAACAUGUAUGAUUAUCAAGCCUGGAAAUGGCGCACCUGUCGCAGACAUUGUCAGGAACAAAUGGAAGCUGUGUCCAAUCUGAUUAAAACACAGAUCCUAUUUCGUUUCGUUUUUUAUAGUUCAAAAUUUUGUUGUACUUGUCUUUACUACACUAGGAUCUGGAAAAGUUGUUAUCAUUGACUUGUUCUGGCUGAUGUGAGGGAUUAGCCAAUGAAACGGUCUGUUACGGUGAGCUUUUGGUGCACGGAACUGUGGGUAAACAACAAGAAAUGUCAACGCUGAUUGAUUAAUGUCUGACAUCAUAGGAUCAAAUGCCACUCGUUUGACCCCUGACAUGAACUCCCACUAUAACUCGUCAGAUCUUCAUGUAGUGUAGUCCAUCGAAAGUAUAAAAAACAAAACGAAAUAUAGAUGUGUAUUUUAAUCAGAUUAAGCUGUGUCAGGAACAAUCAUUUUAUUGCCAGUCAGACACAAAUUUGACCGUUUUAUCAGUGUCUAAUGAUAUUUCGCCUAAUAGUUUGGAUGCAGCUAUUGCGGGUGUGGCGCCAGGCAGGGUAAGCUUACUCUUCCGGACACCUGUUUGUCAUGUAUUUUAUACACGAGGAGCAGUCCAUUUGCUGAUUACACUAUUUUGCUUGAAUACACUAUUUUGCCUAUAACGUUUUUUAGGACUUCGAAUUCUGUCUUAUGGUUUGGAUUGUUCGUACUUGGUUUUAUUUUAUUUAUAAAAUAAGUCCAGGUAGCGUACUACUAGUAAUCAUGCCAUACAUUUUAUCGAGUAAAACUUAUUAUUAUUUCUCGACCUGUAUUUAAAUGAUAAAUAAAACAGUGAACACUUUGA